UACGUAGCGCGGCUCGCGGGACCGGCGGGCCCACGCGGCAGCGAGCGACAGAGACGAGACCGGCUACCUCAUCCACCCCCACCAGGUGCACUGCACUGCACACCUCGCUCGCCGCCGGUCGGUCGUCUCCUUCUCUCUCUCUCUCCGUCCGACUAUACAAUACAAUUCCACUGCGUGGCAGGGUCCAGCUCCUUAUCCUGUCCCCCUCGCCCCUUUCCCUUCCCCGCCCGUCUCCUCCCCCUCCCUGCCUCUCCGCCCACCCACCCACUGACCCACCCACCCAUCUCGCUCGCGCGCGCCGGGAUUUCUCGCCUUCGCUCAAUCGCUCCGCGGCUCUCCUCCUGCGCGCCGGCCGGUCGAUCCGGGCGCCGGGGCCCGAGGUGCGCCGCGGCGGAGGCUCUGCCGGGCCGGAUUCGCUGAUCGGUCGGUUGGUAGGUUCGGUUGUUAGGUAGGUAGGUAGGUUGGUUGGUCGCGGGCAUGUCCACGGCGGUGGCGCGGCCGGCGCACGGCGGCUUCCGGCAGUCGGGGAGCGGGAAGCCGGAUCCGGAGGACGCGGACAGGAUGAGGGACGCCAACGGGUACUUGGUCCAAGAACGUGAGAAGGAAGAGGAAGAGCGUGGCGGUGAGGCGGCGGCGGCGGGGAGGGAGGAAGAGGCGCUGUCGGAGGCCUCGUCGAUCGGCGCGGCGUCGUCCGACAGCUCCUCCAUCGGCGAGAACUCCGCGUCCGACAAGGAGGGCAGCGACGGGGAGGAGGAGGAGGUGGAAGGCAAGGCGCAGGGGCUCGGCAUGAUGGGGCUGGCCACGCUCCAGUCCUUGGACGAUGCCCUGCCCACCAAGCGGGGCCUGUCCAACUUCUACGCGGGCAAGUCCAAGUCGUUCACGAGCCUGGCGGAGGCGGCUGCGACGGCGGCCGCCAAGGAGAUCGCGAAGCCGGAGAACCCGUUCAACAAGCGGCGGCGCGUGCUGCGGGCGUGGUCGCGGCGGCGGGCGUCGUGCAGCGCGCUGGCCACCGCGUACCUGCCGCCGCUGCUGGCCCCGGACCACGCGGUGGUGGAGGAGGACGACGAGGAGGGCGCGGACGACGAGGACGAGGACGAGGGCCAGCACGGGCGCGGCGGGCUCAGGGGCAGGAGGCCGCCCACGUUCCCGUCCCCGCGGCUGAGCGCGCACGCCACCGCCGGCCAGAUGGCGAGGGCCGGGUCGUUUCGGUCCCCGAGGUCCUUCUCCAUGACGGACCUCCACAGCGCGGAGUACGAGUAGGCAGCGACAGACAGCAGCCACGAUUAGAGCCAGAGCACCUCUGGUCUGUCUCCUUCCUCCUCUAGGCGCCAGAAGAGGUGCUGUUGCUGGUGAUGCUGCCACUGCUGUUACAUCCAUUACUGCUAUAUGGUCAUCAAGAUGCAUAUUAUAUAUAUAAGAAGGAAUUCCAUUGCUUGUGCUUGCCAUCGUGCCGGCCUGAA